CGAACUGCCUACGUAGUAGAAACAUGUCGGGAACGAAGAUCUGUGUUGCGUGUGUUGAGGAAAAUAAAGGGUGUGAAUGUGAGCUCGAAACCGGGGUUAAAGAGUUGGGGUUGUUGGAGGCUUCUGAAAAUAGUUCAUUUCUUCACUCUGUUAUCAACAUGGUUGGUAUGCUCAUUGGACUAGGCCAACUAUCAAUGCCAUACGCCGUGGAAAGCGGCGGUUGGAUCUCAAUCUUCCUCCUCAUAUCCUUCGGAAUCCUCACUAGUUACACUUCCCACAUCCUCGGACACUGUCUCCGCCGCAACCCCAAAUCCAAAUCCUACUCUGACAUAGGCCACUCAGCAUUCGGCCGUCACGGCCGCCUCAUCGCCUCCCUCUUCAUCUACCUCGAAAUCUUCAUGGCCUUAGUUUCCUACACUAUCUCCCUCCACGACAACAUCUCCGCCGCUUUUCCCGCCACUUUUAGUCACCACAGCAACGGUCAUUUCCCGGCUGCAAAGCUGACGGCUGUCGCGGUGGUUAUCGCCUUGCCGAGCCUCUGGAUUAGAGAUUUGUCUUCCAUCUCGUUUCUUUCUUCCGGUGGGAUUCUUAUGUCGGCUAUUAUAUUUUGUUCGGUGGUUUACACGGCCGUGUUUGGAGGCGUUACUGAUGAUGGGAGGAUUCCGGCGCUCCGGUUAGGGAAUCUUCCGACGGUUUCGGGAAUCUAUUUGUUCGGUUUCGGUGGACACAUCGUGUUUCCUAAUCUAUACACUUCCAUGAAAGAUCCCUCCAAAUUCACAAAGGUAUCGAUCGUAAGCUUCGCUACGGUGACGGCUCUAUACACUGCACUAGCAAUCACAGGAGCGAAGAUGUUCGGACCAAGCGUAAAUCCCCAAAUUACCCUCAGUCUUCCAAAACAUUUACUAGUUACCAAGAUCGCUCUCUGGGCCACUGUACUAACCCCGAUGACCAAAUACGCCUUAGAGUUCGCUCCUUUAGCUAUCCAGCUCGAACGUAGCCUUCCUCCUACCAUGACCGAUCGUACCAAGCUCGUGGCUCGUGGUCUUAUGGGCUCCGCUCUGUUGCUUGUCAUUCUUGCAUUGGCUUUAACCGUCCCUUACUUUGGUUACGUCUUGAGCCUCUCGGGCUCAUUGGUUAGCGUCACGAUCGCUUUGACAUUACCGUCUGCUUUCUACUUGAAGAUUUGCUGGGACGGGAUGUCGAAAUUUACAAGAGUCGCCAAUCUCGGGUUUGUUGUUCUCGGGUGUGUUCUUGGAGUUCUUGGAUCAUUUGAAUCAUCAAAGUUGCUUGUGAAAGAAAUCUUUCGCGCUCAUGGAGUUUGAGCGGUUAGUUAUAAAAGUUUCGGAA